AUGGCAGAAAUCGAGCCCACAGACCCCAUGCAAGCGGACGAUGUGCGCUGGAAUGCCCACGAGAAGCAGCAGGGCCCCACUGCGCCACCGCUGCCGGGGCAGUCAGCUCAGCGCCAGCAGCCGGCCGCAGCCCCACGCGUGCUGGCGCCAACCUCGGUGGCGCUGCGGCCGGCCAGCUGCAGCUCGACGCCGCCAACAGGCCACCACUUGGCCAUCCUAGGCAGCAGCAGCAGCAGCAGCAACUCCAGGCGCCUCAUUGGCAGCAGCCGGUUGCGCCAGCAGCACACCCCCUCGCAGCCCACCCGCCUGGGAUCCAGCGCAGGGCCGCGGCGGGGCAGCCAGCGUCAGCACCUGCAGCGGGCCCGCUGUCAUCAGCGCCGCGACAACAGCUGGCUGGAGUGGGCGCGGCAGCGGCGACAGGUGGACUGCCUCCUGGAGCUGACGGUGGAGACUGGCCUGGAGCAGUGCGUGCGCCAGGGUCGCCAAAGGCUUGGCCUGGGGGAGGGCCAGGCUGGCCGCCAUGUGCACAUGACGCUGGAUGCGGUCACAGCCGUGCCUGCACAGUCGAGCUGGCGCGAUGAGUCAGCAGCCCGGAUGGCGGCCGCCCUGCUCAUCGAGGACCACCCUGCAGCAACAGGCGCGGUGCCACCCCCAGCGCCAUGGCCUGCGCCAUCUACCAGCGCUGCUCCGGGCUCUGUUCACCAAGCUGCCGCCGCCAGCCAGCCGCAGCACCAGGAACCUGUGCCCGUGCCACCGCCAUCCGCCAACACACCGCUGGCUGAGCAUGCCGCCCAACUGGAGGGCCGCCCCUACAUCAAGGCCAUCGGUCAGCACAUUGCCACCGGCAACAUGCGCGCCGCUACUUUCUUGGUCGCCUUGCCCAGUUUCCUGGAGGGGGACGGCAUCCAUGCCAUUGCUGGUUGCGGCGCUGGCAUGGCUCCUGGCGAGGCUCUGGUCCAGGCUGCCAUGCCUGCUCUGCUGGCGGCAUACACCGGGCUUCCUGUGGAGGCUGUCCAGGUGUGGCGAAACGGUACCACCGUUGCCAGCAAUGCCCAGGAGCGGUCGAGCAUCGUGCCUGGGAUCUUGACUAUGAUGACAGGUGCGGGCGCCAAGGCUGCGUGGGAGGUCAUGGAGGCGUUCUCGAUGCUCAAGCCUGGCGAUGACAAAAUGAGAGACGCCAUGAUGCCGUCCGAGCAUCUGCUCCCCCUGCUAUUUGGGCACCAUUCCUCUUACACCGAUGCCAAUCACCUGGUGCUUUGCGCUGCUCUACUGCACGGCGGGUAUGCAGCAGAGGGCUGCAACCACAUGAGCAUGUCCAACGGCUGGCUGGAGGUGGAAGCCAGCUUCUGCAGCACCAGCAUCGCGGCCAUCUUCAGCGCGCGCCGCCUUCUGCGCCACGUGUUGGGCAUCGGCACCGAGGCCGGCAUGGUGGCGGCGCGGCUUGCAGAGGAGCAGCGCGAUGAAGACUAUGUGCCAUUGGGCAACCGCCAGCGGGCGAAGCCGCAGCCGCCUCCGGAUCAGCAUCGGCUGGCAACGGGCCUCACAACGUUCUUGGGCAUUGGCGCCGCCCCCAGCAACCUUAACCUUGUACGAGCUGCCUGGCUGGCGGACAAGAUAGCGCUCAGCGACGACCUGCCAGAGGGCAUGGCGAGCGCCAUGGGACGCACUCGGGAUCUGCUGCUGGCCAGAGCGCUGGAGCAGAUGGGCGCUGCGACCUCCGUCACCAGCGCCGCGCUGCGUGGCUGGCUGGCUGCCUGGGAGCUGCAGUACUCGCGCUACGUGUUGCUGCUGGUGGCCGAGACCGCCUUUGAUCAGUGGUGUGCCGCGGGGCGUUGCGAUCCUGCCUUGGGCCGCCGCGUGGCGCAGCACAUCACAGAGAUGCUGCCCCAUGCACACCAGACCGAUUGCAGCAGCGGUGCGGGCGAGGAUUAUGAGGAGUUUUCGGAGGAGGUCGUGCACCAGGGACUGCGCUCCUACUCAGACGCUGCGGCGACCAACCGCGACCACGCCGGCAACAAGCUCCCCAUGUACGUGCUGAAACACAAGGGCAAGCCCGAGGCAGACGCACUGGCGCUGUGUUUUCUGCUGGCGCUGGGCGGCCCGGUGCUUUCUGCACGCAAGGCACCAGCCUUUGCAGCCUAUGCGCCCAUGGCUGGCAUGAUUCCUGCUGGCCAGCCCCGCGUGUUCCUGGAGGCUGUGGUGGAGGUGUACGGAGAUGACCUGCCGCAGCACCUGCGCGACCUGUUGUACGUCGCUGGUGCCCCUGGGAGGCUGGCGCCUCCCUUUGACGAGGAGCUGGAGCGGCUGGAGCGGCUGGCAGAGAGCGGCGGCAUUUUUGCCCGGGACGCUGUUGCAGUUCUUGCUCGCAACGGCUUCCCCAUGCACUGGGACACCUUCCGGGCCCGCGUGCGCGACCGCCAGGCUGGCAAUCCCCGCGGGCUUGUGUGCCAGACAGCCCACCUCUUGCUCGCCGCACGCCCCAUGUUGCCCGGCUACAUGCUGGGCGAGUACCAGGCCCCAGAAGCGCUGCCUCUGGACGGCGUGUUGCCCGUUAAAGGCACGCUGCUGCUGCCAGAUGAUGGGGAAAUGUCACAGGAGGAAGUGAGGGAGGCGGUGGCCGACUACCUCAACCUUCUGGACGGCAAUCCAACCUGGUGUUUCAGCCGGCGGGACGGCGCCAACGUGCUGCGGCGCAUCAGCAGGCUGCAGAGUUUGGUAGACCCUCCCACGAUUCUCUUUGUGAAAGCACAGUUUGUGGCUGACAUGCGCAUCUGGCUCAGCAGCGAUUGCGACGGCCACGCACCCCAGCUGGCUGCCUACCAGCUGCCAGCGGUGAUGCCCGGCAGUGCGGCGCCAAACCAGCAGCCCAUCAUGCUGCCCGCGCCAGGCCAGAUGCUGCUGCAGCUGGUUGGUCAGCCCGCGGAGGGCAACCGCCUGCCCGCUGUGACUGGCAUCAAGGGCAACAUGUUUACAUACGACACCGCGCCAGCAGAGUGUGUGCUGGUGCUUGUGGCGCCAGACGGCACGGUUCAGCACACCAUGCACUGCCACAUCUCGCUGGCCAUGAAGGCCAGUGUUGCGGCGCAGGCGGCGGCGGCGGCGCUGCUUGCAGUGGCAGGAGGAGCCGACGAGGAGGAGGUGCUGGACAUGGGCAGCAUCGGGCCGGGCGUCGUGCCGCUGGUGGUGGCGAGCGGCCUGCGCGUUAUGGUGACGCAGGUGGACUUGCACAUGCUGCCGCUGGCACAGUGUGAGGAGGUGGAGGUGUCCCUGUACACCCGCCUGCAGUCGCUGCGAGCAGAGAUGACGGCGUUGCUGCGAGGCGUCAAGGUUAGCAUCAAUGGGUCCAAGCUGCGGCUCUCAGUGUUCCAAACGGCUGGCGCUGAGCUGCAGCACCAGCGCAGCAAGCUGCCACAACUGCUGUUCCACGUGCUGCAGCCACAGCUGGAUGAGCAGCAGCGGGCAGCAGCAGUAGCAGCAGCGGCGGCAGCAUCUGCAGCCGCUGCCCAGCCCAGCCUGGCGCAGCCAGCUGCUUGGCCAGUGCUUGGGCUGAACCCGGCCUACGCAGCAGCCUGGCCGGUGCAUCUGAAGGCCAUGCGGGCGCUGCUGCUGCAGUGCACUGCCGCCGAGCUGCCGCCCAGGCACGACACCACAGUGCCCGCGCUGACCACGCACGUGAAGCAGCAGAUUGCUACGCUGCAGCAGAGGAUGAUCAAUGAGAACGCAGAGUACAACCUGGUCAUCGUGUCUCACGAGGCGAAGAAAGGCGUCGCCCCCGGCAUCUCCAACGGCCUGAGCUACAUGACCAGCAUGUUCCUGUGCAUGGCGCUGGUGCAGCCUGCCGCCACCUCGCCGCUCUCCUGGGAAGUGUUUAGCAAGGGCCUGCUAGAGGACGACGACCUGGCAUCGCUUCGCCACCCCCUGACCAAGUGCCACCCUAAGUUCAAGGAGGGCAAGCUGCUGGAGUGGAAGAACGCCCCAGGCAAGUAG